UUUUUUGGAUAUAAACUUCCUAAAAAAGUAUCACAGGAAUAUCCAGGCACGUCGUUUCUUUACGUGGACAGUAGAUCAGAAAAUUGGGGGGAAGAAGAGAAUAUAAAUUCUUCGAAGUGUGCUGUAUCAACAACUCUCCAACAGUACUAUGAUAACAAAAGACAAAAGGAAAUAUUUUAUAUAUUUUACAAUGAUCAGUUUGAAGCUAAAAAAAGCAAACGCUCCCAUAAAGGUCACGCAAAAGGCGUUGCUCUGUUCGGAGGACAAUCAGGUUUUUGGCUUGUUCAUAGUGUGCCACAAUUCCCAUCAAUUAGCAAAUAUUAUUAUGUAAAAAAUGGUGAGGUAUAUGGACAAUCCUUUUUGUGUGUGUCAAUGAACACCAAAUCAGUAAGGGUCAUACUAGAGGCUAUGAAAUAUAUUCAACCAAAUAUCUAUAAUGAACGUAUACCUGAUUAUCUUAAAACCGAAUAUGCUAUUCUCAAAAAAAUGCUGGAAAGAAAAAAAAACAUUCCUAAACUUUCAAAUAAUUCAUUAGUGCAAAAGUUUUUAUCAAAAGGUGGAGAAAGUUUUAUCAGCUUCUCAAAAAAUGGAAAAUUCGGAAGUGACCUUUAUGCAAAUUUAAUCGCAGUUGAUUUAAAAUCAUCUCUUUUUGCUGAAACAUGGCUAAAUGGCGGUGCUGUGGAUUUACCUUCUGAUUGUAAUAGUCAAUAUAAAGUAAUAAACAUAGAACAAGUUAAAAUUGAGGGCAAGACUUUUAAUAAUUCUGCUGACCAUUCAAAGUGGGCUGUGGGUGACAACGAAUCAUUACCUGUUGUUUGCAUUGCUGACAUUAACAGACAAGAUUCACAAACAAAACGAGGAGGAGGUGCUAUUUGCACAUUGUCUAAAAAUAUAUGGAAAUUGUACAGGGAAUUAGUUCGUCAACUACAAAGCUGUUCUAUAAUUUGAAU